UUCUCUGCCGCUGCUCCCUCGCGGCCCACUACCGCAACAUCGCUGUUCGAACACGCCGUCUGACGUCAGCCGGUUGCAUUUCGGUGACAUUUGUCUCCUCGUCUUUGGCGCGUGACAGAAAAGUCGUCGACGUGUUCCGAGUCAAACCGGCUAACCUUCACCUCUUGCUGGCGAGGGAGGGCAGCUAGGCGCCGUUAGCCGCAUGCCGGGGCUGCUGAGGCGGGAAGAGGAUCCAUCUGGAAUGUUCUUUUUUGCAGGCGUGAGCGGGCAGUAGGGAUGGGUAAAGAUUACUACAAAGUGCUGGGGAUAGCCAAGGGUGCCACGGAGGAGGAGAUCAAGAAGGCGUACAGGAAGCAGGCCCUCCGCUACCAUCCCGACAAGAACAAGUCUGCGGGGGCCGAGGACAAAUUUAAGGAGAUCGCAGAAGCCUACGACGUCCUCAGUGAUGCAAAGAAGAAGGAUAUUUACGAUCGAUAUGGCGAAGAAGGCCUGAAGGGUUCAGCUGGAGGCGGGGGUGGAGGUCACAGCGGCGCCACCUACAGCUACACCUUCCAUGGCGACCCUCACGCCAUGUUCGCUGAGUUCUUCGGCGGCCGCAGCCCGUUCGAUCACUUCUUCGCGCAGAACGGCGACGACACCAACAUGGACGUCAACGACCCCUUUGCCGCCUUCAGUAUGGGAAGCAUGGGCGGCAUGGGCAACUUCCACCGGUCCUUUAAACCCCACCCGGGCGGCGCCCGCGGGAAGAAGAAGGACCCGCCCGUUGUGCACGAGCUAAAGGUGAGCCUGGAGGAGGUGUUCUCGGGCUGCACCAAAAAGAUGAAGAUCUCCCGCAAAAGACUGAACCCAGACGGCCGCACCGUGCGCUGCGAGGACAAGAUUCUGUCCGUGGACAUCAAGCGCGGCUGGAAAGAGGGGACCAAGAUCACCUUCCCUCGGGAGGGAGACGAGACCCCCACCAACAUUCCCGCGGACGUGGUGUUUGUGGUCAAAGACAAACCUCAUCCCGUGUUCAGGAGGGAGGGCUCUGAUAUUAUUUAUCCUGCAAAAAUAUCACUUCGAGAUGCUCUGUGCGGCUGCUCGGUCAGCGCCCCCACCCUGGACGGCCGCACCAUCACCGUGUCCUCCAGAGACGUGGUCAAGCCGGGCAUGAAGAAGCGCAUCGUGGGGGAAGGCCUGCCCCUGUCCAAGCGUCCCGACAAGAGGGGCGACAUGAUCUUGGACUUUACGGUCAAAUUCCCUGACAAACUGGGACAAAACACCCGUGACGCACUCAGGCAGGUUCUCCCGCCAUGAUGCCAGGACUAACACUUCCAACGCCGUUCUUCAGGGUGCUUACAUUUAUUAUUCUGGUUUUUUUAAAGCCUCAUUUGACUCACAACACCUAAAAACUGACAGAAUCAUUGAUUUGAGUAUUUAUUGUUAGCUGGAUUCUAUCAAUGGACUAAAAGGUGUUUUGUUUUUGUACAAGUGAACCAACACUGAAACUAUGGAGAUGUUUAUUUCAGGUUUUUUUUUUUUUUUUUUUUUUUUACUAUCAUUAGUUCAAGACAAACACUGAGCCAAAUAAGUGUUAGAGCCUACCAAGUACCAGGGCCACACUGAAACAGAAAAAACACAUCAUCAAUUGUUUUUAGAGAGGAAAAAGUCCAGAUAUUACGAUCUAAAGCAGGGGUAGGGAACCUAUGGCUCGGGAGCCAGAUGUGGCUCUUUUGAUGACUGCAUCUGGCUCUCGGAUAAAUCUGAGUUGAUGUUGCUUAAAACGAUAAGUAAUGAAUAAUAAGGGGACGGCGUGGCGCAGUGGAAGAGUGGCCGUCCCUGGUUCAAAUCCCACCUAGUACCAACCUCGUCACAUCCGUUGUGUCCUGAGCAAGACACUUCACCCUUGCUCCUGAUGGGUGCUGGUUAGCGCCUUGCAUGGCAGCUCCCUCCACCAGUGUGUGAAUGUGUGUGUGAAUGGGUAAAUGUGGAAGUAAUGUCAAAGCGCUUUGAGUGCCUUGAAGGUAGAAAAGCG